CAGAGCUGCUCUGUUCUUUUCAGAUCCCCGUUAAUCCUGGCAUGUUCCAGAUGACAGACCACAACGAUGACCGUCAUCAUGUUCACUGUAUCUGUGCUGGUCUUGCUGCCCCAGGCGGUGUUGUCCCGUUGGGCCUGUGCCCGAGCCUGUCCACCGUCCUGCUUCUGCACUCAGGAGAAGAGCUGCAGUGUUCUGUGUGACCGCUCGAGCCUGGCUGAUCUACCUAAGGAGUUUCCCUGUGAGGCCUCUUCCAUCAACCUGGAGAAGAACAGCCUGAAGUUUCUGUCAGAACGGGCCUUCGGUACCCUGCCCUCACUACGAUCUCUCUCCCUGGACCACAACAACAUCUCCUUCAUCACCCCGGGGGCUUUCAAGGGCCUCUCCAACCUGGUGGAGCUGAAGAUGGCUCAUAAUGAGUAUAUCAGUUACCUUCACACACGGACCUUCACUGGGCUGAAGAAGCUGGUGCGGUUGGACCUGUCAGACUGUAACCUCUUCAGCAUCCCUGACCGCAUCUUCAUAGAACAGCCUGCGCUGAAGGAGCUGCUGUGCUUCCAAAACAACUUCCGGAGAAUCCCGGGAGCGAUCAGAGGCAUGGAAAACCUGACUCACAUCUACUUGGAGAGGAACAAGAUAGAGGCGGUGGCCUACAACUCACUGCUGGGCCUGGGGAGUCUCAGGUACUUGAACCUCCAGGAGAACCGGAUCAACGUGAUCCAUGAUCACUCCUUCCAGGAUCUGGUGCAUCUAGAAAACUUCUACCUGAAUGACAACCUGCUGUCUGACCUACCCAGGUUGGCCUUCAGAGGGCUGAGCCACCUCAAGAUGCUCAAUCUUGGAGGGAACCAUCUGACCAACGUGUCUAAGACCUGGUUCAGUGACCUGGUAGAGCUGGAGGUCCUGUACCUGGACAGAAACCAGCUGCUGAACAUUGAGGAGGGCGCCUUUGAAAACCUGACUAGCCUGAUCACUCUCCACCUGAACAGCAACAACCUGACCUCCCUCCCCUUCAGUGUUUUCCAGCCCAUCUACUUCCUGGGCCACCUGUACCUCUUCAGGAACCCCUGGGACUGCGGCUGCUCCCUGGACUGGCUCAAGCAGUGGAUGGACAGUUACAAACUGGUCCGGGACAUUCCCUGUGCCUCACCUUCCUCUGUGGCAGGCCUGGACCUUAGCCAAGUAGUAUUUAUCAACAUUAAUGGGACAUGUGUGGACCACACUGAAGCCAACCUGACUGUACUGUCCACUGAGGUCGUCCCCACCAUGGAGAACCGCUUCAACAGGUUCAUCUCCAAGAUUCUUGAGAAGGAGCAGGGAAAAGAGCUGGGGAACAGGACAGAGAGCCUUCAUAACGGGACUCAGAUGGAGUCAGAAGAGGGGCUGCUCUCUGGGGGGGCCGCAGGGGCCCGUGCAGGUCCACUGCUGUUCCUCAUCAUUGUGAUGGGGUUCUGUUCAGGUCUGUCAGAUCCAAACCUCUGGUGUUUCUGCUCAAGAGAGCUGCUGCCUGUCAUAUUAAAGGAACAUCCUUCAUCACAGGUGGAGGAGGAGUGUUUCCUGUCAAAUGUGGAUCUACGGACUGUUUGGACUGGGGCUCCUGGUUAUUUACAGACACGGGACAAAUAGUUGUUGGCCAUGAUGUUCGCCCAAAAAAAAUCACUGAUAAUCAGAUGAUUUUAAAGGUGCAGUAUGUAAGAAUACAGUGAGAAAUUCCCAAAAGGGAUCAUGUUUCGGCCAUUUUGGAAGGAAGGUUCUACAGAAACAUGUUUCAUAUCCAGCUGGCUGUGAGGGUUGUCAGUUUUCCUCCUUUCAAAACAAAGGGAGGAGGGACAUAGCUACUGUUUACCGCCAUUAGCCCUUUGUGCAACACACCAAGCCAGCAAAUCAACAUAUUACCACAACAGUGUGUCUCAGAAAUGCGCCAUGCCGGCAUGGCGAUACACGAUUUUGCAGCAUUCGUUCUGCCUCUCUUGGUAGGAAUAUUGCGGUAAUUGUCUGUCAUUAAAUGGUGAUUGCGCCUUGGUGCAACAGAGGGAGCUGUCAUGCCAUGAUCAUAUGAGGAGUUACUGUCGAGCACCGAGUGGCAGAUAUAUUGGAACAUCAUCACCAAGCGGAAAGUGAAUGUGUCAAGAAUGAACCAAGCUUAACAGUACAGAAGCUGCAGAGGGGUGUGCUAAACUACGACUCUGCUUCCUGGUCUGGACCCUGGGUUGUCAUGGAGGACUAAUAAGACUGGCCAUGUU